UUCAUUCACUUCACAUGCCAGUGAAAGAGAGAAAACUUAGUGGGACAAUAUGGAAAUGUCAAAGAAUCUAAAAGUGUUGAUCUUCAGUCUUAACCUUUUAACUUCAGUGUUGGUUCAUGGCAAUAGUGACAAUGAAAGAAAGCCAUACAUAGUCUACAUGGGAGACCUGCCUGAAGCUGGAAUUUCAGUCGUAGACCAGCAUCACAACUUGCUUGUUACUGCAGUCGGAGACGAGUCUAUUGCAAGAGAAUCCAAAAUAUAUAGCUACGGAAGGAGCUUCAAUGGGUUUGUAGCCAGGCUAUUACCUCAUGAAGUGAACAGACUAUCAGAGGAAGAGAGUGUGGUAUCGGUGUUUGAAAAUACUAGGAACAAACUGCACACAACAAGAUCAUGGGAUUAUCUCGGAAUGACAGAAACAAUACAGAGAAGACUCACAAUAGAGAGUAGUAUUGUAGUGGGAGUGCUGGAUACUGGAAUUUAUGUGAAUGCGCCCAGCUUCAGAGAUGAAGGUUACGGGCCUAACCCAGCUAAAUGGAAGGGAAAGUGUGCCACUGGCGCCAACUUUACAGGCUGCAACAAGAAGGUAAUAGGUGCAAAGUACUACGACCUGCAGAACAUUAGCACUCGAGACAAAAGUCCAGCGGAUGAUGAUGGCCAUGGAACCCACACUUCUUCCACGGUUGCUGGAGUUGCUGUGAAUAGUGCAAGCUUAUACGGCAUAGGUAAUGGAACUGCGCGCGGCGGCGUUCCAUCAGCACGCAUUGCCAUGUACAAAGUAUGCUGGGAAGGUGGUUGCACAGACAUGGACUUACUAGCGGCAUUUGAUGAUGCUAUUGCUGAUGGAGUAGACCUACUCUCAGUUUCAAUUGGAGGGUGGUCCAGGGAUUAUAUUCAGGACCCAAUUGCCAUUGGAUCUUUUCACGCCAUGAAGCAUGGAAUAUUAACUUCUUGCUCAGCAGGGAAUGAUGGGCCUAUGCAAAGUUCAGUCUCUAAUGUGGCUCCAUGGAUCAUGACUGUUGGUGCUUCUAGCAUCGACAGGCAGUUCAAGACGGCACUCAAGUUGGGCAAUGGCCUGAAAACUACUGGAAUUUCAAUCAGCACUUUUGCACCAAAGAAGCAGAUGUACCCCCUAACUAGUGGACCCCUUGCGAACAAUGUUAGCAAUAGUGAUUAUGUAAAUACCAGUGCCUGUGAUGCUGGAACACUGGACAAGAACAAAGUGAAAGGAAAGAUUGUAUACUGCCUUGGGAACGGCCCCCAAGAUUACACCAUUAGAGAUCUUAAAGGAGCUGGAGUAAUCCUAUCCAUUGAUACAUUCAAUGAUGUUGCCUUUACUUCUGUAAUACGAUCAACCAGUGUCAGCAUCAAGGAUGGCCUAAAGAUAGAUCACUACAUCAACACAACCAAGAACCCUCAGGCUGUUAUAUACAAAACAAGAACUGUCCCUAUUGCUGCUCCGGCUAUAGCAUCAUUUUCAGCUAGAGGACCUCAACUUAUCAGCCUCAACAUCCUCAAGCCUGACCUUGCUGCACCAGGACUAGACAUAUUAGCUGGAUACUCGAGACUAGCAACAAUUACAGGGGAUCCAGCUGACAAGCGAUAUUCCGCUUUUAACAUUAUAUCAGGAACAUCCAUGUCUUGCCCACAUGCUGCUGCUGCUGCUGGCUAUGUCAAGAGCUUCCACCCUGACUGGUCGCCUGCUAUGAUCAAGUCUGCUUUGAUGACUACUGCCACUCCUAUGAAGAUCAAAGAUAUUAGCAUGGAGUUGGGGUCAGGAUCAGGGCAAAUUAACCCAAGAAGGGCAAUCCAUCCUGGUCUUGUCUAUGACAUUUCAAUGAGCAACUAUCUUAGUUUCUUAUGCAAGGAAGGUUACAAUAGCACAACUAUAGGCUCACUAAUUGGUGGCAAGAAAAAGUACAAUUGCUCAGACUUCAAACCUGCACGGGGCAGUGAUGGCCUCAACUACCCUUCAAUGCAUUUGCAGCUAAAAACUCCGGAGUCUAAAAUUUCUGCCGUAUACUACCGGACGGUGACCCAUGUGGGAUAUGGUAAAUCAGUAUACAAGGCAAUUGUGAAAGCUCCGGAGAAUUUUUUAGUCAAAGUAAUACCUGAUACACUGAGAUUCACUACAAAGCACCAAAAGCUAAAUUUCAAGGUUUUAGUGAAGGGUGAUCAAAUGGCAAAUGGAAAAGAGAUCCAAACAGCUUGGCUCGAGUGGAAUGAUUCCAAGCACAGUGUCAAGAGCCCUAUUGCUAUUUACAGAAAUUUAUGACCUAGGUUCUUUUAGUUGAUUUGUUUUUCUGCCUUAGAUAGCAAAGUCUUGUUUCUGAAUUAUAUUCAUUAUUCUGAAGCAAUAACAUCAUAAUUUUAUAGCCUCCAAA